CCCCAGAUUAAGUUGCAAACAUCGCGGUAUUUACGCUACCCAGAAUGCUCCGGUCUUCCUUUCUGCCUGAACCAACAUGCCUAAGGGGAAAAAGGCAAAGGGGAAGAAGGUGGCACCGACCCCUUCUGUGGCCAAAAAACAUGAGGCCAAGAAAGUUGUCAAUCCCCUCUUUGAAAAGAGGCCAAAAAACUUUGGCAUUGGCCAGGACAUUCAGCCUAAGCGUGAUUUGACACGCUUUGUGAAAUGGCCUCGUUAUGUCCGCCUGCAGAGACAACGCUCCAUUCUCUACAAGCGUCUGAAGGUUCCCCCUGCGAUAAACCAGUUCACUCAGGCUCUGGACCGCCAAACAGCCACGGCACUGUUCAAGCUGGCCCACAAGUACAGGCCAGAGACCAAGCGAGAGAAGAAGCAGAGGUUGCUAGCUCGUGCUGAACAAAAGGCAGCAGGAAAAGGGGAUGCUCCUACGAAGAGGCCUCCUGUUUUGCGAGCAGGUGUGAACACUGUCACCUGUCUUGUGGAAAACAAGAAGGCCCAGCUGGUGGUCAUUGCCCAUGAUGUGGAUCCCAUAGAGCUCGUCGUCUUCCUGCCAGCUCUGUGCCGCAAAAUGGGCGUCCCGUACUGCAUUGUCAAGGGCAAAGCUCGGCUUGGCAGGCUGGUGCACAGAAAGACGUGCACUUCAGUUGCCUUCACACAGAUAAACCCUGAGGAUAAAGGUGCACUUGCCAAGCUUGUGGAAGCCAUCAAAACCAACUACAAUGACAGAUAUGAAGAGAUCCGUCGUCACUGGGGAGGCGGUAUAAUGGGCCCCAAAUCCACAGCCCGCAUUAGUAAGCUGGAGAAAGCCAAGGCUAAAGAACUAGCAACCAAGCUCGGUUAAACUGUUUUGGAAUAAAAAUAAAAUGUUUGUCC